UUAAAAUUAUUAAAUAUCGUAAAUGGACAGAUGCGAAGUAAGGCGUGAUUAAUUAAUAAAUUUUUGCGAAACAUUUCUGUACUCAUUCAGGUUUGUUGAAAAUGGCGUCAAGGGAAGACUUUAAACGAAACGAUCCAUUCGAAAGAUUUUCUCCUAUGAAGAAAAUGAAAAAACCUCAGGGUCAGUCACGUUAUAUGCAUUCAGACAAUGAAGAAUUAAUACCGCUGCCAUAUCUGAAUCCCAACAUGAAUGCUCGCAGGCAAGAGGGUGUGUUUAUAAGUAAAAUACGUCAGUGCUGUGUAUUAUUUCAUUUCGAGACUCCUGAUAUUGACUCGGAUGGCAAAAAAAUUAAAUGCAAAGCCCUUAAAAAUCUAAUACAUUACAUAACCUAUGGGCAUAAUGUGCUUACCGAUGCGAUAUACCCUGAAAUUGUAGAUAUGUUUGCUUGCAAUAUAUUUCAUACGUUGCCACCCAACGAAUUUACAGAUGUCGACGCGAAAGAGAUUAUUUUUGAAAAUUCCUGGACACAUUUAAAUCUGGUGUACGAGGUGUUCCUUAGCUUUCUAGAAUCGCGAGAUUUUCAAUCGUUUUUCGCCGUACCUUAUAUUAAUGAAAAAUUCAUUAUACAGCUAUUAAAAUUAUUUGAUUCCGUGAAUAGAGUGGAACGUCAACUUUUGAAAAUUAUUUUACAUCGCAUUUACAAUAGAUGUGUGACUCUACGAGAAAUAAUAAAAAGAGAAGUCAAAUAUGUACUUAUAGGUUUUAUCAAUGGAACCGAGCAUCUGAACGGCAUUAAUGAGAUAUUAAAUUUUAUGGAAAGUUUAAUUAUUGGCUUCGCCGUGCCAUUAAAGUUUGAGUACAAACAAUUUGCGAUUAAAGUGUUGGUACCGCUACAUAAAAAAGAAAACUUACCAUCAUUUUAUGAACAACUUGGCGCUUGUAUGACGCCUUUAAUUAAAAAGGAGCCUUUACUUUGCAGACCGGUAAUACGUGGCCUCUUAAGAAUAUGGCCGAAGAGCAGCGCAAGAAAGGAAACAAUUUAUUUGAACGAAAUUGAGUCAAUGAUCGAAGAGAUUAGCUUAUUGGAUUUUUAUAGAAUCCAGAAUCAUCUUUUUCGUCAAAUAUCAAAAUGUGUAUCCAGUCCGCAUUAUCAAGUUGCUAAGCAUGCUCUUAAUUUCUGCCGCAAUAAAUAUGUCGUCAAUUUGAUUAUGCAAAACUGCGAUGAGAUUAUGCCUCUUAUAGCACCGGCUGUGAAUGACAUCAGCAAACAUUACUGGAAUAAGACUAUUUUAUUACUCUCCCGCGCCGUCUUAAUUAAAUUUCAAAGAAUGAAUCCUGGAUUAUUUAAUGAAUUAAUACAAAGUGAAAUUGAGGAAUUGGCAAGAAGAGCGCACGCAAUGCAACAAGCACAGAUGCAGCAGCAGCAAAACGGCAGGCAACAGCAACAAAACCUGCAACAACAACAAGCGGAGCAGAUUGGACAACAGCAGAGAAAACCAGCAGAAGAUGAAGAAGAAGAAGAAGAACAGGAAGAAAAACAACAACAACAAUAUGAAGAGACUCAAGAGAAAAAACAAGGACAGUUAGAGCAUUCAGAACAAUACCAGCAACAAUUAUCAGAACGACAAAACCAGCAGCAGCCGAAGCAAAUACAUCAACACGAACAUGUACAGGAAAAACAAGAAGACGACGAGAGAAAAGGACGAGAACAGCGAAAAAUGCAACAAUAUCAACAAGAACCGAUGGAAGAGCAGACGGAAGAGGAGCACCGUGAACGACAACCAGAAGGAACGCAAAACCAAUCAGGACAAUACUACCAGGAGCAAUUACAUCAAAAAGAACAACAGCAACAACAACAAGCAUGUGAACAUAAAGAAGACGAACUACGGAGCCAAAACAGAAUGCCACAAGAUCAAGAGGAACAAUUGCGAGAACAAGAUCAAAUGGGGCAACAACAACAGAUACAAGAACAGAAGAAAGGACAACAGCAAGAGCAACAGAGAAUCCCACAAGUGUUACAAAAGCAAUUGCAGCAGCCACAGCUAGAAAAAGAAGAGGAAUAUAGACAACAGAAGCUAAAACAGUUAUUGCAACAGCUAGAAGAACAAAUAGAAUUUCCAAAGCUACAGCCGGGAAUACUUGAAAGGCAAGAGUACGAAGCCCAGCAACACCAACAUAAGGCAGAAAAGCAUGGAGAAAAUCAAACACAGGAACAGCAGCAAUCGGGAGGCGAAUUGCGAAAACAACAGCGGGAAGAACAGGCUCAACACUUACAACAAGAAAAACAGCUAGGUCUGCAAGACCAGAAACAACCAGAAAAAGAAAAGGAAUUGCAAAAGCCUCAUCAAGAUCAGCAAGAAGAAGAUCAAAGGCAGAUUGAACAGCAACUGCACCCGGACGAAGCAGAACAGGAGCAGCCACUUGAUCAACAAGACCAACAGCGACAACCCCAAGAAGAGGGAGCAAUAAAUAUGGAAGGAGAAGACGAAGGAGAAGAGAAAAAAUUGGAAAAAGUAUUCCUUGAUGAAAUCGAUCCAUAUAAUUUAUGUUCGCUAAGCAAGAAAAUUAAAACGAAGCGAACUUUCGUCCGAUACGUAAACUUGAAGGCCCAAGAAUUGGAAAAGCUGCCACCACUAAGGUAUAAAUAUGCCGCAAUUAAACAAGAGCAAUUAUUAAUACAAAAAUUACGUCAAUGUUGCAUUCCGUUGAACUUCUACGACCCUAUGGCUGAAUGGAGAGCCAAAAUUAUCAAAUAUGAUACCCUUAGUGAACUAUCGAUCUAUAUAACACGUGCCCGUGGUGCACUUACGGACACUAUAUAUCCGGAAAUGAUACAUAUGGUAGCUUGUAACAUAUUUCGUACAUUGCCACCACAAGAUUACAAGGAUUUCGAUAAUGACGUAAACUUUCCGAUAAUCGAUGCCGCUUGGCCUAGUCUACAAUUGGUUUACGAUGUUUUUGCCUCUUUUCUAUAUUCAAAAGCGUUUCGAGGAAAUAUUGCUGAAAAUUUUAUUGAUGAGAAAUUUAUCAGCGAACUUUUGGAGUUAUUCGAUUCGGAAGAUGAACGUGAACGUGUUGCAUUAAAAAAUGUAUUACAUCGUAUUUACAGUAAUUGCAUAAAUGUACGAGAAUUCAUAAAAAAGCAUAUCGGAUUUGUAUUCCUAACAUUCAUUUACGAAACAAAGCAUUUUAGUGGAGUAGGGGAACUACUAGAAGUUUUCGCAAGCAUAGUUAAAGGUUUUGGUGUACCGCUCAAGCUCGAAUAUAAACAGUUUCUGUUCAAGGUAUUGCUGCCGAUGCACAAAUUGAAAUGUUUAUCACUUUAUCAUGAAAAGUUAAGCUAUUGUGUUUUACAAUUUCUUAAAAAGGAUCCAUUGCUCGCCGAGCCAUUUAUAAAGGGUCUUCUAAAUAUAUGGCCGAGAAGCCAUGCGCAAAAGGAAGCCAUGUUUCUAGUUGAAAUUGAUGAAAUACUUAGUGUAAUUAUUUUACCGCCUAUUACAACGAUUCAAGAACGUCUUUUCAUCAAACUAUUUAAAUGUUUAUCAAGUUCACAUUUUCUGGUCGCUAGAUAUGCCCGUCACAUCUGGAAUAAAAGUACUUUUAUAUCUGCAAUUAAUGAAAACAAUGCAAUCUUCGCGUCAGUUAAAUUAGACGAAGAGAAUUUUGAAUUGAUUAACGAUCUGAUAAAUAGAUAUGAAAAUGCGAAACGCGAAAGUGCUGUUAAGGAAGUACGAAAAAAAUUCUCUUACCUUGAAUUAAAUCUUGUGGCGAACAACAAUGUUCCGGAGAAAGAAGUUGGGGAGGGACGGCAGCAACAACAAGAUCCGAACAUGUUAGGCUAACAUGCUAAAGCAAAAAAAAAAAAAAAAAAAUGUUUCGAAACCUCGACUUAAAUAAUCCGGCCUUCGCGUCAAACUGAUUGCAGUCUCGUUAGAUAUAUGUCUUGAGCAUGCAUGAUAAACGUAUUAUAUGAACAUUGCUUCAAAAGUUGUAGAAAUUUGUGCAAAAAAAAAAAAAAAACUGCCCGGUAAUAAAUUCUGUAUGGAACAUAUGUGGCAUAGGACAACAGCAGUUAUGUGAACCGAAUGAACCCAUUACUGAAGCUUAAAAAGCUGUUGCCAGAUAUAAAAAUAAAUUCGCUUAUUCUUAAUGUCCAUCAAUACGGCGAGGAUUUAAAAUAGAAAAUGAUAAUGUGUUAUAUAUUGUUGUAAUGUUUAAAUGAA